UCGGUCCGCGACAACAUCCUGUUCGGCGAGGAGUACGACGAGGAGCGCUACAACGAGACGAUCUUUGCGUGCUCGCUCGAGGACGACCUCGAGGCGCUGCCCGAAGGCGACGAGACUCGAGUCGGCGAGCAAGGGCUGUCGAUGUCUGGAGGGCAGAAGCAGCGCAUCGCGCUCGCUCGCGCCGUCUACGCCCGGAGCGAGAUCGUCCUUCUCGACGACGUCCUCUCGGCUCUCGACAGCAACAUGGUCUCGCACGUCGUCGACAACUGCCUGAACGGCCCGCUCCUCGAGGGCCGCACCGUCGUCCUCGUGACCCACUUCGUCAAGCUGUGCGCUCGGCGCCUCACGACGUGUGAGCAGGUCAUCAAGCUUCACGAGGGCCGCGUCACGAGCGUCGGCCCGCCGAGCGACGCCCUCGCACCCGGCGGGAGCGGCAUGGCCCGCUCGCCGUCCAACUCGUCGCUGAGGAGCAACGGCAGUCGCAGGAGCGGGCAGCAGGGCGACGGCAAGAUGCACGACGCGCACGUCAAGCACGGGAGCGGCGCGCACGAGGACCGCGGCGACUCGAGCGGCGAGGGCACUUCCAUCUCGUGGGCCGUCUACAAGAAGUACGCCGCCGCCAUGGGCGGGCUCAAGUUCUGGCUCCCGUACGCCGUCAUCAACGUCGUCGCGCACGUCUUCAUGAUCGGCCAGGGCUACUUCAUCGGUCGGUGGGUCAAUGCCUCGGACGCCAACUCGCACGCGCCUCGUUACUUUGGACUCUACGCCGGCAUCCAGCUCGUCGCGUCGGUCGCCCUCACCGUCCAGUACCUGUACCUCAUCGUCGGCGGCAUCCGGGCCUCGCGCCUCCUUCACGCUCGUCUCGCGACACGCAUCUUUGCGGCGCCGUUCCGCUGGUGGGACCGCACGCCGUCGUCGAACGCCAUCAACCGCUUCUCCAAGGACACCGAGGUCCUCGACACCGAGUCAAUCGAGAACCUGCAGCCCGUCCUCGACUAUGCGCCGCAGGUCCUGUUUGUCGCCAUCGUCAUCUCGGUCGCGUUGCCCGUCUUCCUCGUGCCGGCCGCCGGCAUCGCCGUCAUCUUCUUCUUCCUCGGCCGACUCUACAUUCGG